AUGACUACAGCUCACAGACCUACUUUUGACCCGGCGCAAGGCAAAGAAGCCCUCCGUGGUCCAGCAUACCACCAGCGACUCCUCCCUGCGCAUAAACACCUGAAAGUUCGCCAACCCGGACAAGGCGGCGCUGCCGACGCUGAACCAUCGCCCCGUGACCUUCGCGCAGAGCUUCUCCAGGCUGAGGCAGCACACUUCGCCAAGAAGAAUGGAGUUCCGGCCGAGCAACCAGCUAUUGUUGAAUCCUUAGCCCCCAAGAGACAAAUUGAAGCUGCGCCCCAAGACGGAGGUGAUGGCGAUAUCCAGGAAGAAGACCCAGAGGCCAAACGCCGACGCAUACUGGAGGAGACGCGCGACAUAGAUGCCGAUUCAGACGCGUCAGAAGAAGACAGCAGUGAUGAAGAUAGCGACGACGAAGACGAAGCAGCUGAGUUAAUGCGGGAGCUUGAAAAGAUCAAAAAAGAGCGAUUGGAACAAAAGGAGAAAGAGGAGCGUGAACGGGCAGCCGAGGAAGAAGAGAAAAGAGAGGUUGAUAUCGCGCGCGGUAAUCCUCUGCUCAAUUCCCAGGAUUUCAGCAUGAAACGGCGCUGGGAUGACGACGUUGUAUUCAAGAACCAGGCUCGAGGAACAGAGAACAGAGACGGCAAGGAAUUUGUCAACGAUCUUCUUCGUUCUGAUUUCCACAAGCGCUUCAUGGGAAAAUAUGUGCGACCACCCGACAUCCUCACAAACCAGUUUGCACAAGAUAGUAAAGCCAGAAACUUAUACUGGGUGACUGUGGAAAUCCCCUUGACCAUGGCGUCUACCAAUACUGAUCAAAUGCUGUUAGAGUUUGCGCUUCGCGAGAUCCAUAACAUCCGUGCUAUGAUCUUUCGAGAGCCACAGCAUUGGAUGAGGAAAGAGUGUAUUUCGUUCCCGGUAGAAGUUCCGAUGGACUGCGAAAGUAAGGAGCAAGAGGUCCGUAUCACCAUGGCUAAGGCUGCGAUUGCCGUGCAAUUCUGGCUGGAGGAAGUUAUUGCUGGUAGGGCUACGCUUGACCGACAACGUCUCUUUUACUAG